CAUCAAGCGGUACCUUGUAUAUUACAACGAUUCAUAACUGCAUUUUUCGAAAGCAAUUAAAUCGCUACAAAACAUAUCAUGGGGUUCUAUUCCAACAGAUUUUUACGGUGUCACAAUAUCUUGCUGCUGCUGUUUGUUUUGGUUUCAACGAGAAUAAGUCGCGUAGAAUCCUUUGCCACCGGGAAACGAGUCUGUAGACAAARCCCCGGUACUCGAASCGUCRCCAAUCGAAGAGAAUGYCUCGGCGUCGAUGGUGCUGUCCGAACCACAUCAACACCGAYAGAAAGCCGACUGUAUUCCUCUGAUUCCGAAAACGACACAAGYAGCAGCGGUGGCAUUCGAUUUCUAGGCAGAGGCCCCGACGCGAUUGUCCGUCCGGGGGUGGUGCUCUUGGCACCGGCCGAAGAAUUCCACCACUACUUGCGGGAGUCGGCCUUGUUCAUCUAUUCUAUGGGAAUCGACGACAACGAUGAAUACGUCAUCCGGGGUGUCAUAAUCGACAAUCCAACCCCCUUUGCCAUCGGAGAAAUGAUGGAGGUCGACGAAAAUAGUGGAGAGAACAGCGGCGGGAUAUUCGACAACCUGAUCUACCGCGGCGGAGAAGCGGGUGGGCAGGAAGCCGUCUUUUGUCURCAUUCCGUGGAUUCCAUGGGGCUUGAGGAAAUCGGGACUUCCGGUGUUUACCAGGGCGGGGACCUCGAAGUCAUCAACGAGCAGGAAGAUGCUACCAAGAAAGUCAAGUUCUUUUUCAAUUAUAUGGAAUUCCUGGAGCAAGAACUGGAAGACAUGCUGGAAAUCACCCACGACGACGGGGAUGCAUGGACAUCGGUCGGUACGUAGCCCUCAAAGCAAUAGAAUCGUGGCAACGUAGCGUUGAUGGAUGAUCUCCUCGCUGCCAUGGAAAUCGAUUGAUUGAUYGAUCGAUGAAUCGAUCGAUCGAUUGAUCUGUCUUUUAUUUUCUUUAUAUUCAGAACCCGUGUUGUCGCAUGCGAUCGAUGCCCCAGYUGUUUGUUUCUUUGUCACUUUGGAUAUGCUUCCURCUUUUACUCACGCCACAACCAAUGGAUUUGUAUUCUUGUAUUGGACGCUGUUCURUUCCCCGAUCCACUCCAUGCGCCCGUGAAUUCCAACGUUCCUGGUCCUCGAACAGAAAUUUCACCAGAGGCUGUAUUGGACAAUGACUGCGACAAGUCCGAGAUCUGGAGCAGGCUCCGAAACUUUGUGCGAGGGAAAUAAUUCUUUGGUGUGGUGUGGGGUAGUGCAUUGGAAUCUUAGGUUAUGAGGACGAAUGGUCAUCAAAUUCCCUACCAGAAGGGAGAGAUUGCGCACGUGGAGUAUCUACAAAGGUU